AUGGCACAGGUAGUACGUUAUCGGCAGACCCUAUUCGCGCUCUCCAAGCGAGGCGGUCUCUCAAAGGCAGAGCUCCCGAAAGUUUCGACUACGGAUUUAAUGCAAGGCAAGGAGUCGAAAGUCAUUAUAAAUGACUGGGUGAUCACUUCCGCAAAUGCUUUUUCGGACAUGGGAUUUACCAUCGACAGCCACCGUGGAAACGUUGGUAUGAGCAGAAUGACAGAAGUCAUGCUCAAUAUCCUUCCUGCGCGCGUGGGAUCCGACGCAAAGAGCAUGCCUCACGAUCCGCAGACUGAUCACUUGGGUGAUAGGGUGAACUCGGAAGUUCCAUAUCCAUGCCCAUUUGUUCAGUGGUACUCGAGUGAUCGAGAAGUGCAUAAUUACAUGCAAUUGUCGGUUUCGAGUAUUCCGUUCAGCGCUUGCCCCAUAUACUAA